UCAUCUGGAGUCGGAGCGCAGCGUCCUGAAGAGGAGGGAGUGGGAGAGGAGGAACCAGGAGGUCCAACAGGAUGAAGACCUGUUCUCGACUGGAUUCAACCUGUUUGGAGAACCCUACAAAACUAAUAAAGGUGACGCGUUGGCCAGUCGCGUCCAGAACACGCUGGGCUCCUACGAAGAGAUGAAGGACCUGUUAACCAGCCACUCCAACCAGAGCCACUUGGUGGGAAUCCCCAAAGGCAGCGCCGCCAACAACAACCUGCAGCAGACCCCGACCACCUCCAGCACAGAGAGACCCGCCAUGGAGCCCAGCCAGCUGUUCAACGAAGCGCUGAGAGGAGGAACCGGUGGUGGAGGAGGAGGAGGUGGAGGUGGAGGAGGUGGAGGAGGAGGAGCAGCAGCAGAGGGAGGUGGAGACAAGAGGACGGCGCCUUCUUCAUCUUCAGCUUCGAUGCAACCACCCGCUUCGACCACGUCUUCGUCGAACGCGACGACGGUCCCGCAUCAGAAGAAGUCCCGGAGCUCCAUGGACUGGUCGAGGGGAGGCCACGGGCAGAGUACCCAGGCAACGGGCCUCGUCCUGGGGCUGGGGCAGAACGGACAGGGGCAGGCGGCGGCGGCGGCAGCAGCAGCAGCAGCAGCUACGAGCAGCAGAGGGAAGAUGUCUUUAUUAGAGGAGCAGCAGAUGCAAAGGCAUGAGGAGCUGUUCAGCUCACUGAAAGAUGAACUGGGUCUAAAAGAAGAUUCAAGCCCUUCUUCCUCCUCUUCGUCCUCCUCGUCCUCCUCUUCCUCCUCUAGGAGACACUCCUCCCACCCAUCCAAAACCCAUCCCCUCCCAGAUGGUGCCAAUUUUCGAUCUGCUCCCAUCGACGGCGGCCACUUCAAGUCUUCCACUAACGCGGAAAAUGGUGGACAUUUUAAAUCCUCCCCGUUUGAAAACGAAGCCGGCUCCCACCUCUCGACGUCGUCCUCGCCGCUGGCUUCCACGUCGGUCCUGACCACGCCCACUCCCGGUUUGACCACGCCCACGUCGGGACUGACCACGCCCACCUUCCCACCUGGUAGCCUUGCGGGGAAGCCGAUCGCGGUGCAGCAGAAGCCCACGGCGUACGUCCGACCAAUGGACGGCCAGGACCAGGCGCCCAGCGACUCCCCGCAGCUGAAGCCCCCUCUAGUGGCCACAGAGGGAUUUAACAGCAGUCAGGCUUACGGAGGAAACUCUGGAAAUGUGAAGAACAAACUGCCAAAGCUGAGUCUCGGCCACACGGGAGAGGUCAGCCUCCCAAAUGACUCCAGCUGUGUUGAAGAGAUUUUGCGGGAGAUGACCCAUUCCUGGCCUCCGCCGCUCACAGCCAUUCACACUCCUGGGAAAGCUGAUCAGACCAAGUUUCCCAUCCCGAACAAGGAGUCGCAGCAUGUGACCUCGGGCUACAACACCCAGAAGCGAUGCACUGUAUCAGCUAACAAGCCUGCCGCUAAACCACCGACAGCACCGCAGAAGUCAAUGCUGGAGGAUGACCUGAAGAUCAGCAGCGAUGAGGAAGAGGCCGAACAACAGGUGUCUGACAAGCCCAAAGCCAGAGGCACAGCUCUGAGUGGUGCAUCAGGGAGCAGCAGUGAAUCAGAGAGCAGCUCAGAGUCUGACACGGACGAGUCAGAAAGCAGCUCCAGUGACAGCGAGUAUAAUCAGGCCUCCCGCACAAACACUCCAGAGCCGGAGCCUCCUUCCACUAACAAGUGGCAGCUGGACAGUUGGUUGAAUAAGGUCCAGGCUCAAACCAAACCCCUGGUUCCUCCACAGCAAGAACAUCAUGGCACAGGCUCCAUCAACCAAGGUCAGGAGACUUUCUCUCCGGGGACUGAAGCACCAGCAGUGGGUUCGGCUGCCAAGACCAAACCCUGUGGAAGCAGCAGCACGCCGGCUCCAGCUGCACCUACAGCGGAGCACAAGGAUACGAGGGCGACCUUCUGCCCGGGCAGAGAGAAGGCCAAGGCCAAGCUCAGCCAGAAGGCCUCAGGGGAGGGUCAGAGGUCGAAGAUGAGGCUGUCGCCGGGCCUGUUGUCGGGGCCAGAGGUCACGACCCCGAGGAGGAACACCACGGGGAAGAAGCAGCCCAGACGGACCGAGAGGUCAAACAGUGUGGAGGAUAAUCAGAACCAGACAUGGAGCCGGACAAACCAGCACAGUCCUGCAGCCAGGGAGAAGGACCUGUUGCCUCCCCCCUCCCUGGAGCACCAGAACCCCCCAAGGCCGCGAAGCAAACCCCCCAGUGGGAAAACAGCCCCGAGAAAAGAACCUCGCAGUGCUACCAACGCAAACAACAACACAGUCGCUCCACCAGCAGCGCUGCAGCAACAACCGGUGCCAGUACCUGCUGUCAGUGUAAACCAGGAUAAGAGGAAACACAGAGGUCCCAGUACCAGAAUCACACCCAAGUCCAGAGAAUUCAUCGAAACAGAUUCCUCCUCCUCCUCGUCAGAAUGCCAGUCGGACACAGAGGAAGCCAUCAAAAUCCCGGCGCUGCCGCCUCAGCCGACACGCUCUGCGAUUAACACGCAAACUCUGUCCAACACGCACAUCCACACGCCUCUCCUCCCAUGCCUUGGCUCGGCCGGCAGUGUGGGGAGUCUGGGAACAUUCGGAGGGAAAGGACUUCGAGUCAAAGAUGGUAGCAACGUGACCACUAAUGGUAGCAGCAGUAGUAAUAGUAGCAUCAGCGGCGGCAGUAAUGGCAGCAGCAGUAGCUGUAACUCCCUGAGCAUCAGCAGCAUAAGUGGUCCGUUCGGUACGUCUGUCCCCGAUCCUGGAGGGUUGGGAGGACAAAGUAAAGACCUGGAGUCCAUGUCGCCACCUUCCAACAUGGGACACGAGGUGCCUCUUUCCCCCUUAAGGGAGUAUCAUGAGAUCCAGAGCUUAUGGGUGAAAAUCGACCUGAGUUUGCUCAGCAGGGUGCCUGGCCAGGGGCUGGGGGACAGAUCCAGGGUGGCAAUUACCGAGAGAGACGGGAGUGAAGGCAGAGAGAGGGAGAGGAUAGGUGUGGCGGAGAGAGACAGACAGAAACAGGAGGAGAGGGACUGGCCGGGGCCGAGAGAGAGACAGAAGCUGGCUAAAGGGGAGAGACAGGAGGAAGAAAAUGAGCGAUUAGCGCAGGACAGAGAGAGGCAAGGUGACAGAGACAGAUUAGCAGAGAGGGAGAGGCCGACGGAUAGAGAGGACAGGGAGAGAUUCGGGGAGAGGGAGAGGACGGCGGCAAGGGACAGGGAGAAGAUAUGCCAAGGUCUGGGGGUCCUGGACAACCCCCCGGUGCAGGAGCAGAGUAAUCCCAGGCUGGCCGGGAGGACGGAGAGAGGAGAGAACGGAGGUAAACACAGGAGGCAGGCGGCUGCAAACAUGGUGGUUCCAACCGAGAAGCACACCAGCAAGAGCAAGAGGAAACACAAGUCGGAGCACGGAGAGUCAUCGGUCAACUGCAAUAAGAAGCUGCGAUUGGAUAAAGACUGUCUGCUGCUCCCACCCUGCAUCUCCCCCAUACACAACCACAAGAACAGCUCCACAGAUAGCUCCCUAAACAGGAAGCAGUCUCGACGGCGCGACGACAAGCUGCUCCCUCCCCUCCUGUCCCCCCUCUCCGAUGAUCCCCCUCGAAAACGAAGCUGCGACGGCGGAUCCUCCCUCGGCCAGGAGGGCGGCACCGCCGGGAUGCUGCCCUGCUCCGCCUCCUCCGCCUCCACCUCCUCGUCCUCGUCGCACAGACACAGGAGAGGUGAAGGGAAGGCGUCGUCGCACGUCAGGAACGGCAGCGAAAUAGAUUCCCACGGCGAGAAGCCCUGCGGAGACGGUUACCAUGCCAACGGCCAUUCAGACUCGGAGGCGUGGUCGGAACCGCUAAUGGAUCCUGCAGAACCUCGCCGGCCGAGACUGUCCUUCAGCGACACAGUCCACAGCGCAGACUUCUACAUGCAGGAGGCCAAGAGACUGAAGCACAAGGCCGACGCUCUGAUGGACAAAUUUGGUAAAGCGGUGAACUACGCAGACGGCGCUCUGUCCUUCAUCGAGUGUGGAAACGCGAUGGAGCGAGAUCCGCUGGAGGCCAAAUCGCCGUACACCAUGUACUCCGAGACCGUGGAGCUAAUCAGGUACGCCAUGAGGUUGAAGAACUUCACCAGCCACUCAGCCACCGUCUCUGAGAAGAAGCUCGCUGUGUUGUGUAACCGCUGUCUGUCUCUGCUGUAUCUGAGGAUGUUCCAUCUGAAGAAAGACCACGCCGUCAAGUACUCGCGGUCGCUCAUGGAGUACUUCAAGAAUUCAGCCAAGAGUUCCCACCAAGCCCCGUCUCCGUGGAGGACCAAUGGGAA